UUGAACAGGUUGGCUUGUGUUGCUGUAAAUUGAGGACUGUGCCAGUAAUGGAGUUUAAUGUCAAGCACGUGUGAUUGACGCAUCCGUACUAAUGUUGACCGCUUCGGUGGGGCCGGGGGAAGGAGAGGUUUUGGCAUCGUCAGAUUUGUUGUUAUUAUAUUCAGCUGACCACUGCUGAAUUCGCCCUGUUUGCCGUGUUCUAGAAAGCGGUGACAGUGAUGAGCGGUUGUCAGGACAACACAUAUGUGAGUUGUUCGGAAAGCAGGGGAAAUGUCAGCGGAGCUGAAUGGGGAAGGGUGGACGAUACGUGCAUAUCCUGCUUUAAUGAUGAUCCCACUUGCGAUGCGAUCCACUGCGGGAUGGAUGCGGUGCAGCCCGGCAUAGAUGGACAUCUGCAGCUGCCCCGAGGCCAACGCGGGCUGUCCCAGGACGGUAUGAUGUUAGGCCUGGUGGAAGAGGUUUACGCCAGCUAUCACGGACGUCUCGGUUCUGAACCGGAGUCUGAUUAUCUCGACAUCCCCGGCGCUCCGAACUACAGCGAAAGAGAUGAGAUCGUCGCCACGAAGAAGCGCAACCGCUCCAACAGCUCGCGGCACCGCGGUGAAGUUGUCACGGAGCUCGGACCCGAGGAGGUGCGCUGGUUCUACAAAGAGGACAAGAGGACCUGGAAGCCGUUUGUGGGACACGAUUCUCUGAAAAUCGAGUUGGCUUAUCGCACAUUCUGCGAGCUGAACCCGAACGAGGUCAAACGCAGAGAUGUCGGCAGUGAGGAAGCAGAGGAUUUAUUCGAGUCGGCAUCGGGAUGUGAAGCGCCGGUGGUCAGGAUGCGUGUGGCGGCGGUGGCAGCGCAGCCGGUACCCGUGGAUGCUGGGGUUGCUAGAUGCUCGACAGACGAGACGGAUCUGGAUGCCGAAUGCAUUCAUGUGGAUGCUGUUUGCGUACGUGGGGGGCUCUAUGAGGUGGACAUCAAAGAGAAAGACUGUUACCCUGUAUACUGGAAUCAACAAGACCAUAUCCCGGUCAUGCGUGGCCAGUGGUUUACAGACGGCACCUGGUUACCCCUGGAGGAGGAGGACAGUGACCUCAUUGAACUGGAGCACCUGGCCCAUUACCGAGGCCAGCAGAAGAAAGAUACGUUUGACACUGAAGCAGUGACCACUACAGUGGACAGCGAGGAUGCCAUUCACAGUCUAAAACUGAGCCGGAGCCAUGUGGACUGGCACAGUGUGGAUGAAGUAUACCUUUACAGCGACGCAACCACCUCAAAGAUAGCACGAACUGUCACUCAGAAACUGGGAUUCUCAAAAGCCUCUAGCAGUGGGACCCGUCUCCACCGAGGGUACGUGGAGGAGGCGGCUCCAGAGGACACACCCCCUGAGACAACACAUAUAGUCUUUGUGGUGCAUGGGAUUGGCCAGAAGAUGGAUCAGGGGCGGAUUAUUAGAAAUACAAGCAUGAUCCGUGAUGCUGCCCGUAAGAUGGAGGAGAAGCACUUUUCUGACCGAACAAAUGAACACGUUGAGUUCCUUCCUGUGGAAUGGAGAUCUAAACUGGCGCUCGAUGGAGACACUGUGGACUCCAUCACUCCAGAUAAAGUCAGAGGUUUGAGAGACAUGCUGAAUAGCAGUGCAAUGGACAUUAUGUACUACACAAGCCCUUUAUACAGGGAUGAGAUCACCCGAGGUCUAACCAUAGAGAUGAACCGACUCUACACGCUCUUCUGCAAGCGCAACCCAGAGUUUGCGGAGAAGGGGAAAGUGUCCAUUGUCUCUCACUCGCUUGGCUGUGUCAUCACCUUUGACAUCAUGACGGGGUGGGACCCCGUACGCUUUGUUCAUGAAGAGGUGCCCGAUUCCACGGAGGCUGAUGUAAGCAGACAUGGCUAUGAGUGUCAUCUACUGGAGGAACUUCGCAAUACACGCUUAAGUUUGCGGGAUUUGGAAAAUCAGCUUCUGCAUUUUGAAACCUCAUCGUCAAGAUCCGCUCCAGCCCUAAAAUUUAAGGUGGAGAACUUCUUCUGCAUGGGCUCUCCACUGGCUGUGUUCUUGGCUUUACGAGGUGUCCGUCCUGGAACCGACGGAACGCAGGACCACAUCCUGCCCAAAUGCUUCUGUCAGCGGCUUUUCAACAUCUUCCAUCCCACUGAUCCUGUGGCAUACAGACUGGAGCCCCUCGUUCUAAAGCAUUACAGUAAUAUAGCGCCUGUCCAGAUCCACUGGUACAACACCUCUAGCCCCACACCUUACGACCAGAUCCGUCCCACACUACUGAACCCGUCAAAGGAAAGUGCUUCAGUAUCUGAUACAGAGAGCCUCCCAAGCCCAUGUACCUCCCCUCCACAGCCCCACAGACACUACGGCGAGUCUAUCACCAGCCUGGGCAAAGCCAGCAUCAUGGGAGCGGCAAGUAUAGGUAAAGGUAUUGGCGGAAUGCUCUUCUCACGAUUCUCACGCUCUAGUGGGCAGGUGGGCAGUGUGGAGGAGGAGCCAUCUGACUCUGAUUGUGGGGCAUGUGAGAAAGGGGGUGGAGUAACAGGUGAAGAAGGUAUGUCUAUGGAGUCAGACGAGAAGACAGAGGAGAAGACAGAGGAGAAAAUGGAAGAGAAGCGAGAGGAGGCAGCAGACACCUGCAUGUCACAAUCAGCAUCUGUCAUUAUGGAUAACUCUUCCUUGGAACUUGAGAAACGUAUCGACUUUGAGCUGAGGGAGGGCCUGGUGGAAAGCCGAUAUUGGUCAGCGGUGACGUCGCACACAGCCUAUUGGUGCUCCCCUGAUGUUGCUCUAUUUCUACUAACAUUUAUGUACAGGCCAAAUGAAGCGAUUGAUAUGGCAGAGGAUAACCCUGAAUCAUAACACACACCCACAUACACCUAUAAACUCUGUAACAGUACCACCCUUAAUUACAAUGAUUUGUAAACCUGUUUAGUUUAGCAGACCUUAUUCACUGUGCAUCAGGGAUCCUGUCUUUGCCAUGUUUCUCCUUUAACACCUUUAUCUAGAAGCAAACCCAUGGAGGAGACUUACUGUCCAAUAUACUUAAACUAUAUUUGAGCUAAAAGAGAUAGUUCGCCCAAAAAUAUAAAUUCUCUCAUUAUGUAGUCACUCACAUCCCAUUCCGGAUGUGUAUGACUUUGUUUCUUCUGCAGAAUACAAACUAAGAUUUUUUAAGAAUAUAUCU